AUAUUUCAUACACGGUUGCAAAUUUUAUGUAAAAAAAUUUAUAUUUUUGUCAAAAUUAAAACAAGCAAAACAUUGGCAUUUAAUACUAAUAUUAGUUAGUGAUUUUCAAAACACAUGGAAAUUAUUUACAUUUAUAAAGUGGCGCCUCAAAAUAAGAAUCCAAAAUAAAAAAAACAUUCAUAUUUGGAAAAAUUUAAAGAAUGUCCGAAUCUGGGGAUUAUGACAAUAUUGCGAGUGAUGAUGAUUUGAAGCCAGAUUUAAUCGUAAGAGAAAUUGAUUUUGCUGAAGAGUACACUCCUGAAGAUGACAAAGAACAUAGAAUUGCGCCAAAUCAAAAGCACCCACACAGUAAAUGGCAUGAUGAGAUUAAUAAAAAAUUAAGGCUGCUAAUAAAAUCUGAAAUUACACAAGAUAAUUUCAAGUUUCACUAUGGUUCAUAUUUGACAUCGCUAAAGGAACACUUACCGUUUCUAUUAAGAAAUCCUAAACAUUGUAGGCAGGUAGCAAAAAAAAUGAGUAGAACGCUACUUCUGUUCAGAAGUCUAUAUAGUAACACGACAGAGAUUGAUCUUUAUCAUACAAAAAUGUGCGAACUAUUAUCAAUUUUAACUACAUUGGAACUAACAUAUGCUUCUAACUUCGAUGAAUUAAAAAUUGAAAUUGUUAAAAGGUUAUGCACGAACUACGACAUUCAUCUAAGGAACUUGGAUGCAACUCAUAUAUUAACUGUGUUUUUGUAUUUAUAUUCGUAUUACAUUUCUAAUAUGAAACAAAAGAAAGGUUGGACUAUAUUUGAUCAAACAGAAAUUUUAACAAAAAUAUUCGAAAAAUAUCUGAAGAAAUUUCCAAAUAUAAAACAGACAAAGUUAAAUGAUAAGUUGUAUUGUAUGUAUAUAGCAGCAUAUAGCUUUUGGAUUAAUAUAGAAAAUGAUGUAUAUGAAAAAAACAACAUAAUAAGAUACGCAAAUCAAGUCAUAGCUCCCAAGCCAUCUUUAAGGUUAAAUAAAACAUAUUUUCAGUAUUUAGCUAAAUAUCCGCCCGAUGAGCAAAAUGUUACUAAAUUCAUUUUUGAUAGAGGGAUUAAUCGAGCUGGAUUAGUAAAGAUUUUAAUUGAAGAAGACAAUUGUAAGGAUAUCAUUAUUAACGUCGAAUGGGGGGAGACUCAACAUCCCGUAAUUGAUUUAGAUGAAGAUUUAGCAGGAAAAAGUUUUGAAAAUUUGACUUUAACUGAAGAAGUAAAAUUCAAACCAGUUGGGCAGCCAUCAGUAGUAGCUACGAUAGAUCUUACUGAUGAUAAAAUGGACGAAGAUGAUGCUCGCAACUGUCCAUGGUUAGAUAAGCUAAUAAAAUUGACUCGUCAAGCUAGAAAAUCACGUCGUUGUCAAAAUAAGAACUCAUCCAAUAUUGAAAUAAUAAAUCUUGACAGUGAUAAUGAUUACGAAGAAUACGAGGAAAACGAGGAAGACAAAGAAAAUGAAGAAAGCAAACAACAUACAGAAUCGGAAAAAGAAAACGAAAAUCAUUAUGACAAACAAAGUAGGACAGAUGAGCUCAUUACGGAGCCAAACAAACAAGCAGAAAUCUACACAGCGCAAAAUACUGAAGGCAAUGCUGAUGAAAGAGUAAAUAAUAAAACCGUUGUGCAAAAAGACUGUGUUACAUCUGAAGAAAAUGAACAUAAAAAGGAAAAGAAAAACAGUAAUGAUAAUUAUUUAGACGGAAAAAUUAGUAAAACUAAUACAAUUAACCAAGAAACUGAAACAAUUGCAAAAAUAGUAGAAGAGGAAAGGGGUCAAUCAAUAAACAGUUGUGAUGAAAAUAAAAAAGAGCAAAAUAAAUCAAAUAAGACGCCAGCUAGAGAAAAUGAAAGUCAAAUCUGUUCUGUAGAAGUUUUUCAAAAAGAUACAAUAACACAGACAACAGAGGAAGGUGUUCAAAGCAGCAGCGUUGAAGAGGGCAAAGAAAAGACGAGCGAAGACAAAGGAGAAGCAGUUUUAACACAUGCAGAUUUGGAUAAAUCAAUUUCAUCUUCAUCUAAUCAAGCAACUGAAGAUGAAAUUUUAGCCGGAUUUGUUCCAAUUUUUGAUGAAAAUUUAACUUUUGUUACGAAUUAUGUAACAAAGACUUAUUCUAAUAAGCAAACUGUUAAAAAUUUACAAAAUGAUUCGAAUAAUAUUGAAGACAGUGAAACACAUUCUGAAAUAAAUGAUAAAGAAGGAAAUAGUAAACAAAAUAAAGAAAUUUCAAAUGAAUGUAAUUAUGAAAUAACUUCUUCAACCCUGCUGAAUGACGAUUACGAAAGUGAAAACAAUAAUUUGAAGUCAGCUUGUUCGAAUAAGCAACGAAAAGUUAACCCGGAGAAAAUAGUGCAUCGGUUUAUUGCAACAAAGAAAGUAAAUUUUGCACCUUUGCCUGAGAAGCACAUACCAAAAAAACCUGUCAAAUAUUCUUCUAUAAAUCAAAUGCGCAGAAAUAGCAUAAGUAUAGAUAAAAUACAAAAUUCGUUUAUUCCCCCACCUGGCACAGAGGCUUUUAAGUUAUACGAAACACAAAAGGAUUCCUCAUUGGUAAAAGACUCCUCAAAUAAUUUGCAAACCCAAAAUAAUACGCAAAACUCAAACGAUUUGUCUCAUGUCGCUGGUUCGAUUGAAAAGUCUAUACAAACUUCAAACGUCAACAAUUUUGGUGUGUCUUCUCCAACUAAGACAAAUAUAACUUCAGAAUCCAGACCAACAGCUGAAGCAAUAUUAGCAGCAACAAUACAUAAAACAUCAGGACAUGGGGAUAUUUCAGAUGGUCAAUUUCAUUUCAAUCAGUGUAAAAGAUUGGUUGAGAAAACCGGAAACCCGAGUCAAUGUUUAAAUACAUCCAAUAUAGUGAUAAAUGACAGUGAUAAAAAUUAUGAUGAAGGCAAAGAAAACGAAGAAAGUGGACAGUUUAUAGAAUCGGAAAAACAAAACGAAAAUGAUUGUGAUAAACAAAAUAAAAUUGAUGCACUCGUACCAGAACAAAGAAAAAACAGUAAAAUUGACACAGAGCAAAAUUUUAUUUUUCGUGAGAUGACUAUUAAUAAACAGGUAAUGGACAAAAAUUUUACGCAAGAAGAAUUUUUUACAUCAAAAGAAAAUGAACAAGAAGCUCAAACAAACAAAUCUAAUAAUAAUUAUCCAGAAGUCCAAUUUAAUGAACCUAAUAUAAUACAUCAAGAAACUGAAGAUUUUGAAGAAAUAGUUGGAAAAGACAAAAAUCCAUUAAAAGGCAACAUUAAUGAAAAUUGUACAGAGCAAAAUAAAAUUAAUAAGACUUUAAAUGUAGAAUAUCAAAAUCAAUAUUCUUCUAUAGAUGCUUUUCAAAAUGACAUAAUUUCAGAGGCGAUUCAUAAAGAAAAGAAUAAAGAAAAACUCGUUUUAGCACAUGGACAUUUGGAAGAGCUACUUAUAUCUAGUCAGCACAUUGAUGUAGAAGAAGCAGAAUAUGUUCCAAUUUUUGAUGAAAAUUUGAGUUUUGUUACAAAUUAUGUAACGAAAACUUAUUCUAAAAAGCAAAUUGUUAAAAACAAUAAUAAUAAUUUAAAUAAUAUUGAAGAAAAUAGAACGCAUGCCGAAAGAAAUUAUGAAGAAGCAAACAAUGAACAAUAUACAGGAAUUUCAAAUGAAUGCAAUUAUGAAAUAACUUCUUCAACAAUACUGAAUGACGAAUACGAGACUGAAAAGAAUAAUAGGAAAUCUGCAUGUUCGUAUAAAGAAAGAGAAGUAAACAAAGAGAAACUCUUGCACUCGUCUUCUGUACCAAAGAAAGUUAAUUUUGCUCCAUUACCUGAGAAGCAUGUAUCGAAAAACCCUGUCAAAUAUACUUCCAUGAAGCGAAUGCGAAGAAAUAGCGUUUGUAUAGAUAAAGUACAAAAUUUUUUAAUUCCACCAACGAACACAGAAGCUUUUGAAUUGUAUGAAUCACGGAAUUCGAUAGCAAAAAAUGUAUCGAAUAAUUUACCAUCCUUAAAUAAUUCUCAACAACUAAGAAAUUUACACGUCGCUGGCUCGAUUGAAAAGUCCAUGCAAAUCCCUGACAAAAGGUCAACUUCACCCUUUGUUACUUUUAACGCGGCUUCUCCAACCAAGGCAAAUAUAAAUGUAGAAUCUAGACCGACGGCAGAAGCAAUGUUAGCAGCAACCAUUCAUAAAACACCAGGAAACGCUAAUAUUUCAGGUACACCAUACAUCAUUAAUCAGCACUCACCUAAUAAUUUUCUAGAAAUUGAUCGUUUUACGCAGCAACCGCGCUAUCAAUCUAAACCAAAUUUCUACGAUUAUUCUUUAACAAAAAAACCAAAUAACCCGAUGAAUUUAAAACAUGGAUAUCAUAGUGAAAAUUCAAAACCAAUGAGUGAUUUUGAUUUGUAUUUAUUAAAACUUAGAGAAAGUAAAAAAGAAGCAAAUAAACAAUUGAAAAAAGAACGAAGAAUGAUGAAAAGGGAAAAGCGUAUAGAAAAAAUGCAAAAAGAAUUGAAAAAAUCUUUUCAAAAGUCAAAAGCCAAAAGAAAAAAACUUAAUAUUAUAAACGAUAUUUUGACCUCACCAAAACAACUUCAAGUUCUCAUAAAAAGAGUUGAUACCCCAUUAACAAAGAAAGUGAACGUUAUUUCUGAAAAUGAAUCAUUAGAAAACACGUCAAGGAGAAGCUUAUAUGAUGAUUUCACGCAGAAGGAGUCUGUCGAAAACAAUUUACCCAACGAGGCUAUUGCUUUUAACCAAAAUACUGAAACAAAUAUUAAUACAGAUAGUGCAAUAAAUAAUAAAAAUGAAAAUUCGGAAUUUGAAGUAAAUAAAUCACAUCCACCUGUUACGGAAGAGAACUAUGAAUUAAAAGAAAAAGUGAUGCAAAUUAAAAAUACUUUCCAAAAUAACGGUAGUUUGUCAAAACAAAAAAUUACAGAUUCGGUUAAAAGUAAAAUUAAGAAAAGAGGACGAAAAAGGAUUCAAAAUGAAAAAGUGAAUCCAGAAGAAAUUUCAAAAAUUAAUAAUAUUAACAAAAUGUCUUUAGGAAAUGAAAAUAACUGUAAUAAUUUCAAUAUUUCAUUUGAAACCUUGCAAGAUAUAGUAGAAAAAAUAACAAAUCCAAGUGAAAAUAAUGAACUCAACAAACAUGAAGAAAAUAAAAACUUAUCUCAUCAUAAAAGAAAAUUUGUGUCUCGGCAGUUUGUGAUCAAAGUAAAAAGAUUAACUUUUUCUAAACAGAACAGUGAUAUAGUCGCAAAUAACAGUGAGGAAGUGAUAACAGUUCAUUGUACAAGUGAAAAUACAAAUUUAAGUAAUUUGAAACCUAAUGAUUCUCAGGAAAUUAAUAUUCAAAAAGAACCAGAAAUGGUCCUUUCUGAAAAUGAAAACUCUAGCCAACUAAAUCAUCAAGAAACUAAUGGUAUAAUUGAUUCUAAUAAUGAGAAUGUAACAGUCAAUACCAAUAACGACGAUAUUGUUUUGAAUUCGGGCCCAAGGACGACUGACACACCAUAUGAAAUUCAUGUAAUGAAUAAUAUAACUAAUAAUAAUGAUACAUCUAAUUUAAUUGAACACAAUGUAAACGAUUCAAAUCUUGUUUUAAACGAUAAUAACAGCAAAGAGAAUGACACUUUAGGUAAAAAUAAAGACUCCACCUCACAAGCAGCGUUUAAAUCAUCUCCAAAAAGUGAUUCAUAUUUAGUACGAAAAUGUUAUGAUAAUGAACUUGAAUCAAUAUUUAAAAUAAAAGAAAAUGAAGUUACAUCAACUCAAGAGUCAGAAGUUUCUAGCUCGUUAGACUUACAAAGUCCAAUAACAAAACGAAGAAAAAGUCGUAAGUCUUCACUUCAAGAUAAUGAAAUUCCAUAUAGCAAAGAUUUUGCUUUAGAUUGCGAUGAUACAGCUUCCAAUGCCCCUACAACAACCACAAUAAUUGAUUUCGUUAUAGCAAAUAAAAAAAAGCGAACGAAACAAAAAAAAUUUGAUACAACUAUUCCAAAUGAUUCAAUCGUCGACACAAUAGAUCAAAUAAAAUUAACAACAAACAAAAACAUUAUGGGUGUAACCAAAAAUCUUCAAUCUAAAAAUGUUAAGAAUCAUAUUAGAAAAUUAAAUAAAACUAAUGUGAAAGGGGCUAGGAGGACGUAUUCAAAAAAUAAUAUAGUUAGCACUGUUUUUGUUCCACCAGACAUUGAAGAAAUGAUUCACAAAGAUGUUGAAAUACAAGAAAUACCUAAGUUACGACUUAAAAAGUAUAGAAAUAAACAACUAUAACAUAAAAAAUGAGAAUGUAGACUUUGCUAUUUUAAAGAAAAUUAAUAGAUAAAAAUGCUAUUUUAAAAAAAAAUUAUACAUAAAAUAUUUCGUGCCAGUAAAAUAAAAUUAGUUACGUACAAUACCAUUAAAUUUUAUUAUUAUUAUUACAUGCAAGAACACAUAAUAUGUAUGUGCAUAGUAGAUAUUGCAAAAUAAUUCUAAUACUAAAUAAAUAAUUUUGUUUUUUUUUUUUUUAAUACCAGUAAAUGCAGUUUACUUACUGAAAAUUUCAUAGGAUCAUAAAUUCAAUUUUAUUUUUUUUUUAUAUCAAUGUUAAAUUUUUCAUGUAUUUCAAA